ACCGGGUUACAGUGUAAAACUGAAAACAUCAAAGGGCGAUGAUUCUGUUACAUUUUGUCAGGACAGUGUGUUAUAAUGCAAGGAACUGGCGGAAACGAGCACCAGUUACGUGCAUAAAUAAUUUCAGAGGCUGGGACUGCUUGCAACAAGCUCGAAAUUAUCCGUAUGUAUAUUUCAGAAACCAGCCUCUCUGUUUUUCUAGCACAAGCCCUGUAUCAAACAUGGAGGAAAUAUUAACGAGGACUGUGGAUUAUUUACCCACAUAUGAAACGAGAGAUAAAUCGCCUCCGCCCCCCGAGUCUAGUAGUUUGGAGUUUAUACAAUUUUACAGAAGUCUGGACAAAUCUCAGAGGCCUGAAUUUCUGGUCAAACUUUCUUCGGAUUUGGGGGUUGACCAUAAGUGCGUGGCAGAGUUAUCUAAGAAUGUGCUGGACUCGCAGAAGAGGGAUAUAUCGACUGUGUUGCAAGCGGAGGACAGGUUACGGUACUGCUUGACUCCCAGAUAUAAACUGCUGCUCAAUCACAUCAGCAGGGUGGAAGGCGGGGUGAAAUUUCUCGUGGACCUGAAAGCAGAUGUUAUUGAAAUCCUUGCUACGAAAACCAGUGACAGCCCGCACAUCAGGGAUCUAAAUGGCACCUUGAAGAGCAUGUUGUCAGAGUGGUUUUCCGUGGGACUGUUGAGCCUGGAGCGGGUCACUUGGAAGUCACCUUGCGAGCUCCUUCAGAAAAUUAGCCAGUAUGAAGCUGUUCACCCGGUUAGAAACUGGACAGAUAUUAAGCGCAGAGUGGGCCCUUACAGACGCUGCUAUGUGUUCACUCACGGAGCAAUGCCAGGGGAGCCCUUGGUGGUUCUACAUGUUGCCCUGAAAGAAGAGAUCUCCAGUAACAUUCAGACCAUUGUUCGAGAAUUCUCUUCUCUGGAUUCUGUGGAAGACAUCAACAAGGUCAAUGCUGCAGUCUUCUACUCCAUCUCUUCAACCCAGCCAGGACUGCAAGGGGUGGAGCUGGGGAAUUACCUCAUCAAGCGGGUCGUGCGGGAACUCCAGGGAGAAUUUCCUCACUUGAACCAGUUCUCCAGCCUGUCUCCCAUCCCUGGCUUCACGAACUGGCUUCUCGGCCUGCUGAACGAGCAGAGGAAGGAAGGCCCCAGCAAUCGGAUCCUGUCAGACGUGGAGUUCAGGGACAUCGAGGAGAUCACUGGGGGGCGAGCGUACGAGACCAUGCGGAAGCUCCUGAGCACCAACGAGUGGGUGAGUUCGGGGCGUCUUGUAAAGGCCUUGGAACCAGUGCUCAUGCGGCUCUGUGCCUGGUACCUGUACGGAGAGAAGCACCGUGGAUACGCUCUCAACCCCGUGGCCAACUUCCACCUGCAGAACGGAGCCACCAUGUGGAGGCUGAACUGGCAAGCCGACACCAGCCCCCGGGGCCUCUCAGCCUCCUGCGGGAUGAUGGUAAACUACAGAUACUUCCUGCAGGACACAAGCUCCAACAGCGGCAGGUACCUGAGGACAAAGGAAAUCGAAGCUUCAGAUCAGAUUCGGAAUUUGGUUUUGCAGUUUCAAAAAGCCAGCAAGCUUUAAGUAACUUGGGUUACUGGUACACCCCUGUUUAAGACUUCAAAUGGCAUAUUUUCAUGAUGUCUUUUUCUGAUAUCUGCAUUUACUCUGAGUGGUUCUUGAUACUUCCAUAUUUAGUAAUUUGUUGGAGCUUGAUUUGAGCUAGUCUUGAGAAUCAUAACUGCCUGGAAUUGAUCAGACUUUGUCAUUUCAAUCAUGUGACCUUUCUGGUGGCCCAAUCUACUUUACACAUAGAGAAGGGAGUAGAUGGGACCAGCCAAGCUGAAAUUUUGUCACAUGAUUUGAAUGGAAUUGGGAAGUCUUGGGCAACUACAAUUUAACAGGCAAACUCACAGAUAGGUAAAGACAGAAAAAAUACUCAAUAUUGAAUCAACAGAACCCAUAACCACAUUAAUUGCAAAGGGAAAGUUGAAAUUAAAAAAAGAAAAACAUGAAAGCUGCAUACUAAUUCAUGAUUUAAUUGAACACCCACCUGGGUUUAGUUAAACAUUUAAAGGCCUGGUAGGAACAAGACUGAUCAAUUCAAUAAUGACUUGGUUGGAAAGGAAGGUGAUGAACUGGAGCGGACUGAAAGAAUCAUAAGUGAGUGUAAUAACAUGUUUUGUCUUCCAGGGCUAAACAUUGCGAUACGUGAGCUGCCAUUACACUAAUUUCCUUUCUUUUAACUGGGGAAAGAAAAUGUUGAGAAAACAUUGUAUUACCCAUUGAAAUAAAUGCCAUUCAGAUUCAUUCAUCGGGGUGAUUGUUUAAUAAAACUAAUUGGGAGGAUGUAUUACAGUUACAAAGUGUGACUUCUGAACUAUUGUUCACAUAUGUGUGACAACUCACAUUAAAGCUGCAGGUUCUGUACUAUGUGAAAUACA